AUGUUAGCUAAAACUUCGAGAAUAGUAGCAUUAUGUAGUGCUGCUAAUUUUAUUAACGCGGCGGAUCGUGUUAUUAUGCCAAUCGCUAUUGUACCUAUGACGGAUGAGUUCAAGUGGAACUUGCACUGGCAAGGUUGGAUAUUGUCAGCAUUUGCUUUUGGUUAUUUUACAAGUCAAAUAAUUGGGGGUUGUGCUGCCAGCAGGUCUGGAGGCAAAAAUGUUUUGAUAUUUGCAGUCUUAUUUUGGUCCAUAUCAACAGUGGUAACUCCUGUGUUAGCAUCAUCACUACCUGCCAUUAUAUUUUGUCGAGUUUUAUUAGGUUUCGGGGAAGGCCUAGGAUUACCUACCAUAUUCCAUAUUUUUGCCAAUAAUGUUCCCACAGAAGAGAGAUCCAGAGCUUUUGGAUAUUUAGUCGCUGCAGGUUCUGUCGGACAAACUGUGGCUUCUAUUAUAUGCCCACACCUUCAUUGGCAGUCUGGAUUUUAUUUAUUCGGUUCAUUAGGCAUAAUUUGGGUUCUUUUAUCUUUGGUUUUAUAUAAAGAUACGUCUAAACAAGAUGAAAUACCUUUGUUUGUGCCAAAGGUUACCAAUCACAAUGUUCGUUGGUCUGAAUUUUUAAGACAUUGGCCUUUGUGGGCUUUAUAUAUAGCUCAUUUUGCAAUGAACUGGUCCAAUUAUAUAAUUAUGCAGUGGUUACCCACAUAUUUAUCAAGAAAUUUAGGAGCUAAUAAAGAAAGCAUAAGCCUUACUGCUAUGCCCUAUAUUGUAAAUAGUUUGGUAGGAAUCGUGGCCGGUCAUUUCGCUGAUAAACUUAUAAAUAGAAGGUGGACCGUUUUGUCAGUACGAAGAUUAAUGACUUCUAUAGGUUUAUUAGGUCCUGGUAUAUUUUUAUUGGCUUUUUGUGCUGUCGAUAAUUUACUAGCAGCUGUAAUAAUUGUUUGCAUUUCGAUGGGGCUUUGCGCUUGCAAUUCAGCAGGUCACUUAAGUAAUUAUGCUGACAUUGCCCCAAAUCAUGCAGGUCUUACCUUUGCCAUUUCCAAUACGCUUGCAACAAUCCCUGGAAUUCUUUGCGGACCAGUAACUGCUGAACUUGUGACAAGUUCUCACGGUAGAUGGUUUCCAGUGUUUGUACUCGCUGCUGUCAUUAAUUUCACUGGUGCUGUCGUUUAUGCAAGUCAAAGUUCCGCUACUCAGAUUGUUUAA